CUUAGGGCAGUGGUAUAAGGGCGCUGGCCUGCACUGAUUCAUUGUUCAUUUCCUUGAGGGUAUCGUCAGACAUUCAUUGAACAGAGCUGGGACAAACAUUGACGCAUUAAAACGACAUCAUUACUAAUUCGACGUUUCAUUUCAUUUUCGACCCAUUUUCCCUCUUUCAUCAUUGAAUCUCAUACAUCACCUGAUUACCCCGGACUUUUCAUCUCAGAUCAUCUCAGAUCUCAUGUCGCGUCUCAACCCGACAUCGUGGAUUUUCGAUAUCGAUCGAUACGUCAAUCCAUAUAUUCCAUCGCCGCCAUGGCAACAUAUUCCGUAUCCUGUCGCAUACAUCUUUGGAUACCGACGCGAUAAACCAAAGAGCAUUGGGACAAUUGUUCCGGUGAUAUGGGCAUUUAUCGGAAUAUUUCUCGCCCUUUCGGUGAUUGAAUUGGCGUCGGAGCGCAUUCCCUCUUUUGUCGAGAGAGGCGCUCCUAUUAUCGUUGGAUCAUUUGGCGCUGGCGCUGUUCUCGAAUUCUACGCCAUCGAAUCUCCCCUCGCCCAGCCACGAAACUUCUUCGGCGGCCAAAUCAUCGCCGCCACAAUAGGCGUCAGCAUAGGAAAGCUCUUCCUCCUCAGCUCAAACUUCCACUCCAUCCAGUGGCUCGGCGGCGCCAUAUCCUGCGCGACCGUGACGUCCAUAAUGGCCCUAACAAAAACAAUUCAUCCCCCCGCCGGCGCAACCGGCCUUCUCGCAGUCGUCGACAACCGCCUUCUCGAUCUCGGCUGGUUCUUCAUUCCCGUUGUGUUAUUCAACUGCACGAUAAUGUUUGGUGUUGCGCUAUUGGUUAAUAACAUCCAGCGCGCUUAUCCUGUUUAUUGGUGGACGCCGGAGGACUUGAAGGGGAUCAAGACAGAAGGGCAGAGGGAGAGUGUUGAUGAGGAGAAGGGGCAGAGAACGGAUGAGAGUGAUUCGGAGAGGCAUGAGAGGCAUGAUGGGAGGGAGAUUAUUAUGAAGCCUGGUGGGAACUUGGUGUUGCCGCAGCAUUUGUUCCUCAUGCAGGAGGAGUUGCAGUUGUUGGAGGAGAUUGCCAACCGAUUAUAGGUUGCUCAAAAGUGUCGCAUUGCAUAGCAAUUUGAAAAGCGAUUAUUCUGGUCUCA